GGAUUUUGUGUGUCAUUAGACUGAGUCAAUAGGUUUGUCAGUCAGGGGUCAGAGUCUACGUGGUGAGGUUUGGAACCACUAACCCCGUUGUACGCUUAUCACCAUGGUUAAGACCCGUACUGGGUUAGAGACUAGCCCCUAUAGCAAGGAGCAGCAAGAGAAGAUGGCCGCCUUAGUGAAAGAAAACAGGGAGAGAAAAGAGCGUGAAAAGCAGGCGAAGUUAAAAGUUAUCGCAGAUGAGCAGGCGACGAAGAUGAAGGAGAUAGAGGAGGAGAUGGAGAAGAAAAAGAAGGCUGCUGAAGAAGAAGCGGCAGCAGAGGAAGAAAGAGAGAGAAAGAAGAUUGAGAGUGAAGCAGGGUCUAGUGGCACGAAGGUGGAUAGGGAUGCUGAGAUAGAAAAGAAGAUCAGUGAGUGGGUUGCUAAUUUAUCGUUGGGAGGGCAUGAGGAGAUGCAGUCCUAUGUGACUGAAGACGAGAAGGCUGCGUUAGCCGCCGAGCUGGCAGCCAUGGCGGACCCUAUGGAGCGAAGAGAGGGAAGACGAGCAGAAGUUGCAAUGGAAGUUGAGGAUGAAGAGGGAGAAGAGGAGGAGGAGAGAAGAAUUAGAGACUUUGCGCGCGAUAUCGUCACCCACAUCGGGGGCGAAUUCAAACAGAUAAAGGACAACGUAGGGAAAUAUUGCGAAGGUGCCAUUGAAGGUGCCAAAGCCAUAGCCGUUGUAGAGGGUGGACCCAGGCCCCAUAAGGAGCCUGUCAAGUUGAAGUUCCCCGACGCCUAUGGGGGAAAGAAGGAGGAGAAUUUUGAUAACUGGGAGGCGAACGUGAAUAGUUAUAUAUAUUUACAGCACAUUUUGACUGAGGAACAAGUCCUCCUCGCCUUCCAGGCCCUCAAAGAUGAAGCGACCAGUUUUGCUCGAUCCCUCGCGCGCGCAGUCGGUUAUGAUAAUAACAUGGUUGCUUAUUCCACGGUUACCUCCCUCCCGCACUUCCUCAAGCUCCAACGGGAGCGGUUCGCUGACCCAACAAGAGGCAUUCGCGCCUCCGACAAACAGCAAAUGAUCCACUCACGACAAUGGAGGAGUGCCAAGGCACUCAAAGGCGUUAUGGACGACCUGGUGGCCGUCCCAGACCAUGGGGUCACUGAGACCCAACUGGUCCAAUUGUUUUAUCGUGCCAUGCCCGAGUCCUUGAGGGGGCACUGCUUUAAUAAGACUGAACAGGCCGGCAUCACCUAUGAUGCGCUGAGUAGAGAAAUGGUCCUGUUCGAGUCAAAGUCUAUGCCAGUCACCACUUUCUGGCAUAAGGACCUGGAGAAGGGGAAAAAGUGGAAGGAUCGUACCAUCUCAGGCCAAGUCAAGGCCAAGGAUCACUUGAUCCUAACGUUAGAGGAAGGUGGUACAGACGAGGUCCCAUAUGAUCAGAUUGAGUGGGGCCUCGGGGAGGAGGACAGUAGUGUAGGGCGGGGGAGGUCUUACGCUGCUGUCGCGGCUGGAGAGAAGCCACAAGGUAGAGGAGGAGGCCAAAGGGGCCAGGCCAAUGGAGGCCGAGGAUCUGCCGCUCAGGGGGUUGGCGGCCAAGGAAACCGCCAAGCGGGAGGAAGGGGUCAAGGUCCCCCGUCAAAUCGCCAAGGUUCAUUUCGGGUCCCCACAGCGAGGAGGUGGAAGGGCACCUCAAGGUGGAUGGCACCCAGGCUUGCCACAGGGCAGGCCCUGGGAGGAUUUGGGCUUGGGAGGCACUUCAAGGUGUAUUUGGACCAUGAAACGCUUAGAUGGUUAAAGACUCAGGCCAAGAUGACACCUAAGUUGACUAGGUGGGCCGCAGAGAUAGACCAAUUUGACUUUGAGCUCAAGCCAGUGAAGGGCAAGUACAACGUAGUUGCGGAUGCUCUGAGUAGGAGAUCAGACUACUUUGGAGUCGUAGUACACUAUCUGGACAAAGGGAGAGACCUGCAGGAGAAAGUGAAGCAAGCGUAUGCACAGGACCCUAUCUAUAGCGACCUCCUAAAGAGAGUUAGGGAGGCCCCAGAGACCGAACCAGAUUACCGCACUACAGAUGGGUUGUUGUUUGAGAAGACUAAUGUGUUUGACCGCCUGUGCGUUCCCAACAGCGAGGAGAUCCGUAGUUUAAUCUUAGGGGAAUGCCAUGAUACAGAGGGACAUUUCGGUUGGCAAAAGACUAGCCAAUCUGAUGCAUGCGUAUACCUGGCCAGGACUGAAGAACGAUUGCAUCGAGUAUGUCCGCAGUUGUAAAGCAUGCCAGCGUAACAAGACUACUACACGCGCAACCCUUGGUCUUCUCAGACCCUUGCCUAUUCCGGAUCAGUCGGGCGACU